AUGAAGGAGUUUCCAAGAAAGUUCCUCAGCCUGCGCGACAAGAAUGGCACGCAUCGACGCAGCAAGUCGGUGCCGCCUGGGCACAAGGACAAGUCCCGGCCACUGUCCGCCGAGGCUUUCCGCGCAAUGUUCAAGAUAGACAGCGCAAAGCACGCCGCCAAGCUUGACGCCGACAAGGACCUCGAUGACAGCAAGAUCGAUGAGGUCCAGGCGCUUCUCGACCGCCUCAACAUCACCAAUGUAUCCUCCGAGCACAUUCGCGAUAUCAUGGCCACCAAGUUCGCCGAUGGUGAUCCGAAGAGGACGGCCGACUUCAUCGACAUAGAACAGAAGGCUCAGGCCGGUAUCAUUGUCUCCUACGAUCCAAGUGUCCACAUGGUCGGUGCCGAAAAUCGAGAAAGCGUCACUUGUUACCUCGAUGCUCUGCUCUUCGCCAUGUUCUCCAAGCUGGACGCGUUCGAGUGCAUGCUCAAAACCGACUUUACUCUAGAGGAUCCCCGGUAUAAGCUCGUCAACCUGUUGCGCAUAUGGGUCAACAUGCUGCGCUCCGGAAAGCUGAUCCGGACUGACCUGACGAAACUGAUACAGGAUACCAUCGGCGACUGCGGUUGGCCAGAUGCUCGUUUGCUAGAACAGCAAGACACCUCAGAAGCAUUUGCGUUCCUCACCGAAACCCUGCAGUUGCCCCUCCUCUCCUUACAGGUGGACCUUUUCCACCAAGGCAAGAAGGACAAGGACGACCACAAGGUCGUGUAUGAGCGGCUCCUGAACCUUGCCGUUCCCCCCGAUCCUGAAGGCAGAGGCGUCAAGCUCGAAGACUGCCUUGAAGAGUACUUCAAUGCCCGCGUGGAUGUGCUGCGAGAUAGUGAGGAAGGGAAACGGUCGACCAUCGAUGAAGGCAAGCCGGAAGAUCGGCCUAAUCUGGUUCACCAAAGCACGAUUCGCCUUAUCAGAGGCGAAGAGGCUGGUUCCUCCUCGUCAAUGACGGCAUCCCCUAUUGACAUGUCGUCCCCUUCCUCACCGUUUGGUGAGGUAAUUGAACGAACGAGCUCAAUCGUCUCAACCAAAACCAACGAUACAAGCUCCGCGCAGGAUCAGGACAAUUCAACAAACAAGGACGAUGGCGAAAAGGCGGAUACUCUACAGAAACGCCCAUCAACUAGGCAUCGCUCCACAAGCGUGAUUCAGCGCAUCCAUGUGGACGAGCAAGGCCGGCCAACCGCGGAUGGAGUGAACCUCCCGAGGCGACGCCGCAAAGGUUCAACAGUGGUCAAGGCGGUAACUAUACCUGCCUGGCAAUUCUUUCGCCUUAUUCCCUGGCACGCACUCACAACAAAUGAGCCCCGCAACGACGUUGAGGUUGCUAUGAAUUUCGAUCAGCGUCCAAUUGUCGGCAUUUGCCUCAAGCGCUACGCCAUGACCGAGUCAGGCCUGCCACAGCGCUCCAACACGUUCAUCGACAUCCCUGACAGUCUACGGCUACCGCACUUCAUGCUGGCAGGCAACCCUGAACCCGACGAGGAGAACGAGUUAAGCACAGAGUACAAGCUAGUCCUCCAGUCCGUCGUCUGCCAUCGUGGGGACUCCCUCCAAAGCGGUCACUACAUCGCCUUUGCUAGGGUGGCACCCAAGCUGCUCACCGGUAAUCGGAGGCACGAUUUUGAUCCGCCACCGGACUACGAGGAGGCGCAGUGGGUUCGGUUUGACGACCUGGACACGGACAAUCGUGUCGUAUUCGUGGACGACAUCAGGCGUUCACUGAAGGAAGAGAUGCCAUACCUCUUGUUCUACCAGGUCGUGCCAAUGGUGGACAUGACUUGCCCAUCAACAGAGGGCACGGAAGCUGAGCCUCCAUCCUAUGUCGAGUCGUCCAAAACGAGCCUUGAGCUGCCAUCUGCGGCUGCAGCUUUCCACGGAGACCUCAUGGCGCACAGUCGACUCAACGAGCGGCAUCACGAUGACACUCCUGUCGCAGAGGCAUCAAGGAGCAAGCCGCCUAGCAUUCGGCUCUCAUUCGAGGGAGAGCGGCCCCAUCGUCUGAAUGCCGACAGAGCAUGGGUUGCUCCCUCCACAGCCUCAACGCCGGGUGGUUCCCGCCGUCAGAGCGUAUUCACGGACUCGGCUGCGGUGUCUCCAGCCGUCACCCCCGGCGCAAGCUCGCCUGUAAUCACACCAAGCGACGAGACCACGGCAUCACGCCUUUCGCGCGCCGCUUCUCGCUUUGCACUCGGACGACAGAGUCGCCCGGCAAGCCAGUCCGGCGAGGGUCGGCUUAGCUUCUCCAUGAGCCGUCUGGGCGGGCUCAUGAAACCGAGCAGAGAGCCCCUCGCAGAGUCGAAUGGGCUCACCGCAUCGGCGUCUAACUCGACCGCACCACUGGGGUCGGACGCCUCAGUCAAGGCGCCCGAAUCCCCCGAAGACGUAGACAAGUCUUCUGCUCACGCACAGAGCACACCAACUAAGAACAAGAGCACCAAGCCGAAGGACAAGUCCGCGAAACAGAAACCGCAAGGCGACCAACCCGAACGGGAGUGUUCAGUCAUGUAG